UUGAAGUCGUCUUGUUCUUUCUGAAAAACACUGGUCGUCGUCUCUGCCUCACUCUGUGGUCCGUUUGUCGCCUCUCGAAAUCUCCUUCCGGCCGACCGCCACUGACCCCGGCGACCACCAUCGACUUCCCCGACCAGGUUUCCACCCUCUAUGAGUCAGUCGUUCUUCCUCACUCUUCGGCGCUUCGACCUCAAAUUUCAGGCAAUGAUUGGUGAUCUCUGAUUCCUGGUGUGGAGAUUGGAUGUGAAUGAAAUGCUUCAGAGCUAGGCACCUGACCAUCCGCUUCUUCAGAGUGGCAGAGGAAUGGAGUUGCAGGGAUUAGACAAGAAGAAGAUGCAUUCCUUGAGAUCUAAACAGAAGGCGGAUCUCGGCUCGGUCCUCAGGAAGUCGUGGUACCACCUUAGGCUGUCGGUGAGGCACCCCUCAAGGGUUCCCACCUGGGAUGCCAUUGUCCUCACUGCCGCCAGCCCUGAGCAAGCCCAGCUCUACAACUGGCAGCUCUCCCGAGCCAAGCGAUUGGGCCGCAUCUCACCCUCGACCGUCACCCUGGCUGUGCCUGAUCCUCAUGGCCAGCGUAUUGGCUCCGGUGCUGCCACCCUCAAUGCCAUAUAUGCUCUUGCUCGUCACUACGAGGAGGAGCUGGGCCUUGCCAUUGAUCCCAAGGUGACAAAUUCAAAUGACUGCAGUUCUGCAUCACAGCAGGAAACUACUACGAUCCGACUGGUAGGGCAUUUGACCAAAAAGCAUAUACUUCUACUUCAUGCUGGAGGUGAUUCUAAGAGGGUCCCCUGGGCUAACCCCAUGGGAAAAGUUUUCCUGCCACUUCCAUUUUUGGCUGCUGAUGACCCUGAUGGACCGGUUCCUUUGCUUUUUGAUCAUAUACUUGCGAUUGCCUCGUGCGCCAGGCAAGCUUUUAAUCAUGAAGGUGGCUUGUUUACUAUGACUGGGGAUGUUCUACCUUGCUUCGAUGCAUCCACAAUGGUUCUUCCAGAUGACGCAUCCUCCAUCAUCACAGUUCCAAUAACACUUGAUAUUGCUGCUAACCAUGGGGUUAUAGUGGCUUCUAAAAGUCAUGCCGAUGUAGAGGCUGUGAAUUUAGUCGACAAUCUUUUGCAGAAGCCUAGCGUGGAAGAGCUAGUUGAAAAUCAAGCUAUCCUGGAAGAUGGAAGAGCCUUGCUGGACACUGGACUAAUUGCUGUCAGAGGUAAAGCAUGGGAGGCCUUGGUCAUGCUUGCAUGCUCCUGCCCACCUAUGAUUUCAGAGCUUCUAACAUGCAAAAAGGAGUUCAGCUUGUAUGAAGACCUGGUAGCCGCUUGGGUACCAGCCAAACAUGACUGGCUGCAAAAGCGACCCUUGGGUGAAGAACUUGUAAGCAGAUUGGGAAAACAUUGCAUGUUCAGCUAUUGUGCCAAUGAGCUGUCAUUCUUACAUUUCGGAACCUCUGGCGAAGUUUUGGAUCAUCUUAGUGGGUUUGGCUCCGCAAUUGUUGGUCGAAGACACUUGUGCUCCAUUCCUGCAACAACUGUAGCUGACAUUGCUGCAUCUGCUGUUGUAAUUUCUAGCAAAAUUGCACCUGGUGCUUCAGUUGGUGAUGACUCUCUUAUAUAUGAUUCUGCAAUAUCAGGUCUAGUUCAAAUUGGUUCGCAAUGUAUAGUUGUUGGUAUUAAUAUUCCCGAAGAGAAAGACAGGAUAGCAGAACCAUUUCGAUUUAUGCUACCGGAUCGUCAUUGUUUGUGGGAAGUUCCUUUGGUGGGAUCUGCUGAGAGAGUCAUAGUCUUUUGUGGCCUCCAUGAUAACCCAAAAAAUUCCCUGUCCAAAGAUGGCACAUUCUGCGGGAAACCAUGGAAGAAGGUCUUGCAGGAGUUAGGCAUUGAUGAAAAGGACCUCUGGAGCUCAACAGCCAAUCAAGACAAAUGCUUAUGGAAUGCAAAGCUAUUUCCUGUGCUUUCUUAUUUUGAGAUGCUUGAUUUGGCAACCUGGUUAAUGGGCUUAUAUGAUCAAAGAAGUGAAUCAUUGGUUCCUCAGUGGAGAGGUUCUCGCCGUGUUAGUUUGGAGGAGUUGCAUAAAUCAAUAGACUUCUCUAAAAUGUGUGUUGGCUCAAGUAAUCAUCAAGCAGAUCUUGCUGCUGGAAUUGCUGGAGCCUGCAUCAGUUAUGGGUUGCUGAGUCGCAAUUUGUCUCAAUUAUGUGGAGAGAUAUUGCAAAUGGAAAAAUCCGGAGUUGAAUUAUGUAAGGAAUUCUUAGGUAUGUGUCCCCGACUUCAAGAACAAAACACAAAGAUGCUUCCGAAGAGCCGGGCAUACCAGGUGGAAGCUGAUCUUCUUCGAGCGUGUGGAGAGGAAGUUGCGGCUACAGAACUAGAGGACAAGGUUUGGGCUGCAGUAGCUGAUGAAACAGCUUCAGCUGUGAGAUAUGGUUUCCGAGAGCAUCUCUUGGAGCCCCUCAGCAGUUCAGCUCUGGACUGCAACAUGAAUGGAUCUGUGGAGCAAAUAUUCCAUUCUAAAAAGGUAGUAGUUGAAUUACCAGUUCGUGUAGAUUUUGUUGGAGGGUGGAGUGAUACUCCGCCAUGGAGCCUAGAGCGUCCAGGUUGUGUCUUGAAUGUGGCAAUUAGCUUGGAAGGCUCUCUCCCAAUUGGUGCGAUCAUAGAGACCACAAAAGAAAGAGGUGUAUUGAUUAGUGAUGAUGCUGGAAACAGUUUGCGUGUCGACGAUCUUUCUUCAAUUGUUGGUCCAUUCCCCAGCGACGACCUUUUCCGAUUAGUGAAAUCUGCACUGCUGGUGACUGGAAUAAUUCAUGAUAAGAUAAUUGGAUCUGCGGGCUUGCGCAUCAGGACGUGGGCCAAUGUUCCUCGUGGUAGUGGGCUGGGGACUUCUAGCAUUUUGGCAGCUGCAGUUGUGAAGGGACUUCUUCAGAUAAGUGAUGGAGAUGCAAGCAACGAAAAUGUAGCAAGAAUUGUUCUGGUUCUAGAACAGAUCAUGGGAACAGGAGGCGGGUGGCAGGAUCAGGUUGGGGGUCUCUAUCCUGGGAUUAAAUGUACCACUAGUUUCCCCGGAGUGCCUUUGCGGCUUCAAGUUGUCCCUCUUUUGGCUUCUCCACAGUUGAUAGCUGAGUUGCACCAACGGUUACUCAUAGUGUUCACUGGUCAAGUUCGUCUUGCACACCAAGUCCUACAGAAGGUGGUGACGAGAUACCUUCGGCGGGACAACCUUCUCGUUUCAAGUAUCAAGAGGCUCGCCGAAAUGGCGAAGAUAGGGAGGGAAGCUCUGAUGAACUGCGACAUAGACGAACUCGGGGGGAUCAUGCUGGAGGCUUGGAGGUUGCAUCAAGAGCUCGACCCUUUCUGCAGCAACGAGUUGGUCGAUCGUCUCUUCACAAUCGCAGAUCCCUACUGCUGCGGCUACAAGCUCGUCGGAGCUGGCGGCGGCGGUUUCGCAAUGCUGCUGGCUAAGGACGCGGAGUGUGCUGUGCAACUGAGGGAACUCAUCCAAGACCCUUCCUGGAACCUAAACGUGACAGUCUACAACUGGGAGAUCUAUGUAGAGAAAUGAAGCAUCCACGAGAAGGCAAAACUCAUCACCACAUUGAUUUAUUUACUAUUAUUUUCAUUAUUAUUAUUUCUUAUGUAAAUCUAAAAUGUAAUAUUGAAUAAAUGGAGAAUAUGGGAGUGAUCAUUUUGAUUUGGGUGGGCCUGAGAAAUAAUAAUCUCCCGGGCCUCCGCUGGGACGGGCUGGAUAUUCUUUCUAGUUGUUCGAUUUUGUGCCAUCGGCUUUCCGAGCACGUGAUGAAUUGAUUCAUGUGACACUAUUGUGUUUUA